AAUAAAAAGGUAGGAUAAGGUUGGUGCAUUUAUCUCAGUUGGCACUAUCUUCUUUUUCUCUCGUGCCAUUCCAAUACAGACUGAUUCUCGAUAAUUAACAAUGUCAUCUUCAACAUCUCUAAAUCUUGGUUCAUUUUGCACUUCCUUAGUGAAUUUUCCAACUCAUUGUCCUCAUAAAUCUUCUUCUUUCCUUUUACAUGGUGCUCAAUUUUCACCACCAUCACCCAACAACAAUAACAACAAUAGCAGCACUGUUUUUAAGCAUUGUAGCUGGAAAUUAACUAGACCUACUAAGAGAGCUGUUGCUGCUGUUGACUCCUCUGAUCCUGCUGAAAAGCAAGAGACUGAAAGGAAGAAGUACUAUUUCCUUGUUGCGAAUGCCAAAUUUAUGCUGGACGAAGAGGAGCAUUUCCAGGAGCAAAUGUUUGAACGUCGUCGUCUCUAUGGAGAGCGCAACAAAGAACCGGAUUUCUGGCUUGUAAUUGAGCCCAAGUUCUUGGACAAGUUCCCUAAUAUCACCAAGAGACUGAAGAGACCUGCUGUAGCACUUGUUUCGACGAAUGGCCCAUGGAUCACGUUCAUGAAACUGAGGCUAGACCGAGUUUUACAAGAGAGCUAUGAGGCUGACAGUCUAGAAGAAGCUUUGGCAAGUACUCCGGUUAAUCUUGAGUUUGAAAAGCCGGAAACAUGGACAGCACCAUACCCGAAGUAUGAAUACGGGUGGUGGGAGUCUUUCUUGCCCCCUGGAUCUCAGACGUCAAAGGUAUGAUUAGCAGUCAUCGUCCAUAUCUUGCCAUACCAUCAUCUGUGCGUUGCUUGAAGUAAGUCAAUAUCUACGGUAGUGUUUGUUGGUCCGGCAAUGAACAAACAUUUAGUUUGAGAAGCUAUAUGAAGUGAUGGUCUGGGAAACGCGAUUGUAGGCUGUAGCUGAAGAUGUUUGUAGCUCAUCUGAAGAACUAUACGACGAAAGCCUAAUGUCUGUAGCUUAACUUGCGAGAUUCAGGAAUUAAACGAAGAAUUUGAGCAUUGUACUUAGCAUGAAAAAAGCAUUAUGAAAAAUCUGGAAAAUGUGUUAAUUGUUGUUGGUUUUUAUCUCUCA